GUUUUAUACUCAAAAAGCUCAAUUUCUUUUGUAGAGAGAGAGAAAAAAGAGGCGAUUUUCAGGAGAAAAAAAUGGCGAGUUCUAGUUUGGUGAAGCUCAACGCAUCGUCAUCUUCAUGGAUCGGUCAACAAUCGUUCAAUCAACGGUCUGGAUCUUCCUGCCGGUUGCCUGUUUCGAAUCGCCGUGUUUCAGUCAUCCGUGCUGCUGGAUCUUACACCGAUGAGCUCAUCAAAACCGCUAAAACUAUUGCUUCUCCUGGAAGGGGCAUCCUUGCCAUUGAUGAAUCGAAUGCAACUGCCGGAAAGAGACUGGCGUCAAUUGGUCUGGACAACACAGAAGCAAACAGACAAGCUUACCGUCAACUCUUGUUGACCACUCCUGGCCUAGGUGAUUACAUCUCUGGAUCCAUUCUAUUCGAAGAGACACUUUUCCAGUCCACUACCGAUGGGAAGAAGUUUGUUGAUGUCUUGCGCGAUCAGAAGAUUGUACCUGGAAUCAAAGUUGACAAGGGUUUGGUUCCCCUACCAGGAUCCAACAAUGAAUCCUGGUGCCAAGGAUUGGAUGGAUUGGCUUCUAGGUCUGCUGAAUACUACAAGCAAGGGGCACGUUUUGCCAAGUGGAGAACAGUUGUUAGCAUUCCUUGCGGUCCUUCUGCUUUGGCUGUAAAAGAAGCAGCUUGGGGUCUUGCUCGAUAUGCUGCUAUAUCUCAGGACAAUGGUUUAGUGCCAAUAGUAGAGCCUGAGAUUCUUUUGGAUGGUGACCACCCAAUAGAACGAACCCUUGAAGUUGCGGAACGUGUUUGGGCAGAAGUCUUCUACUACCUAGCAGAAAACAAUGUCGUUUUUGAAGGUAUUUUGCUCAAACCUAGCAUGGUUACUCCUGGUGCUGAACACAAAGAGAAGGCUACCCCAGAAACCAUUGCUAAAUACACACUUACCAUGUUGAGGAGAAGAGUUCCUCCUGCAGUUCCUGGAAUCAUGUUUCUGUCCGGAGGACAAUCUGAAGUGGAAGCGACACUCAACCUCCACGAAAUGAACCAGAGCCCCAACCCAUGGCAUGUAUCUUUCUCAUAUGCAAGAGCACUCCAGAACACAGUGCUCAAGACAUGGCAAGGACGUCCUGAGAAUGUGGAUGCUGCACAGAGGGCACUCUUGAUUCGUGCAAAAGCAAACUCCUUGGCUCAGCUCGGAAAAUACUCCGCAGAAGGUGAAAGUGAGGAAGCCAAGAAGGGAAUGUUUGUCAAGGGCUACACCUACUAAGCACACUUUGCUUUGAUGCGACUUUCUUUUUGUGUAUUUUUCAGUUUUUGUUGUUUGCUAGAUUCGAAUGCUGAAGAGAGAACUAAUUGCUCUUUCUUCUUUUUUGAUCUUACAUUAGUACUGUACUUCACUAAUAAGCUAUGAGGGGUGAUUCGUCGAAAUACAAUCCCAGAAAAUGCUCGGUUGUGUAGAAAAUCUUGUAUAAUUAUAUUGAGAACUUCUUAAAACGGGUAAUAUUUUCCAUGUCUCCA